CAUAUUUACAAUUACAAUCAAUCGUAAAUGCCACAGAAUUAAAAAUAUAUUUGCCGUUGCUGUCAUUCAACAAUGGCCGAGAUGAGUGCGGGUGUGGAAAAUUCUGCACGUUUGCAAUGUAUCUCGGUCGUUUUGAAGAAAUGCGUGGUGUAUGAUGAGGCAAGAAUGAAGAAGUUGGCCUUCUUGCUUCGCGAUGAUGAUAUCAUUACCAAAGAUGAACGAAUUGAAAUCAUGAAUAUGAUAAAAACGAAAGGGAGUUGUGAAUCUAUUGAAAGAAUUAUUCAAAUUGUUCAAGAGAAAAAUAAGGACGUGUCAUGUUUUGUUACUGCCUUGAAUGAUGAGGACCUUGAAAUGGGUGUGAAAGUUACAGAACUUCUGUCUGUGAUAUGUAGCCAAGCUUUCAAUGAAAGUCAUGUUUCUUUAAUACAACUGUGGAAUGAACUAGAGACUUACAAUGAAAUUCUCAAACAACUUAUCGUGGACAUUUGGCAAGAUAAAGCAACAGAGAUGACAGAAAACACUGACUGGCCUCUUCACUUUAUUCAAUUUUGCAUCACCUCUACUGAUAACGAAGAAAAAUUGGAUUCAUUUCUCAGUGCCGCCAAAAUGGUGCAACCUCCGGUUGGAACUAUUGCUGAUGAAGAGUUUAACCAAGAAUUGUGUGAGAAGGAGGGAGAUUCCCCUGCUUCAUUGUCAAGUGAACCUGAAUCAUUUGUUUUUCUGCCAAUGGGAGAUGAAAAUGGAGAAGAUUCAGCAGAAGAAAGCCCUGAGACAUCUAGAAAAGUGGAACAGCAUGAACCUUCUACUCAAGAAAAGCAAGACACUGAAUAUCUAAAAAAUUUGGACAACUCUGUAUCAAUAACAGAAUCAAUGGAAGAAAUCUUUACUGAAUUAGAAGGACCUCAAACUGAUGGUGGAAUGAAGAAUGAUGAGAACUCUCUCAUUCAGAACAAUGAAAAGGCAGCACAAAAUAUGCAUGCCGAACCAGUCUCAGAACUUGGAAAUGGUCAUGAAGAAACUACACCUAGAGAAAAGAAUACAGAACAAAAUUUGCAGGCUGAACCAGCCCAAGAACUUGGAAAUGAUGAUAAAGAAAAUACAUCUGGAGAAAGGAACACAGAGCUAGAUUUUCAGGCUAAACCAGAUUUAGAACUUGGAGAUGGUGAUGACAAAACGACAUCUGGAAAAAAGAAAACAGAGUUGGAUUCACAAGCUGAACCUGAUUCAAAAAUUAGAGAUGGUGAUGACAAAACUGCAUCUGGAGAAAAGAAAACAGAACUUGAUUUGCAGACAAAACCAGAUCCAGAACUCGAAAAUGAGGAUGAAGAAACCACAUCUGGAGAACAUGAUAUGAUGCAGAGUGAGAAAACACCACCUGUUAUUGACAGGGCAGAUGUUCAAAGAGAAACUGAUACGAUGUCAGAUGAGGAUGAUGAUGAUGAUGAUGAUGGUGAUUUAUUUGAGUAUUCAGAAGUAGAUGUGAUGGAACAGCAUCAAAUGGAAAUGUUGUUUUCGAAUGAUCGAGGUAUUUCAAUUAUUCCUACUGCCCCGAGUUUUGAAGAUAUUCCGAACAAAUCAAAUUCAACAACUGUAGACCAACAAUUCAUUGUUGAAUUCAGAGUAAUUCCGACAGAAUUACCUCGGUCAAAGUUUGGUGUAAAAAUGUGGAUUCAGUUACAUGGUCGUUUGUAUGAAAUGAUAAAGCACAAACAUGGUUAUUAUAGUAAUACUUUUGUCAUUCAAAAUGGAGAUUUGGAUUAUGUCUAUCAUUACACAGCCAAAAAAAAGAAAUAUGGAAGUGAAAAACUACCUGGUUUAAAGACAACAAAGAUUCGUCAACGAUUAUUUACUCCUGGUUUCAACCUUGUGCAGGACAUUGCUAGUUUCUCAAAAACAUCGUGGAUUUCAGAUACAUGGGUAAAAAACUGUAUUCAAAAUAUCCGAAAUUAUCUUCCAUCUGUACAAACUGUAUUGCAACAGAAAAUUUCAAUCAAAGAUGAGAUCUAUCAUUGGGUUCACAACUUGGAACUUGGCUGGAAAAUUUCAUCUUCAGUUGAUCAGUUUAUUUGCUCCAAUGAGGAUUUUGAACUGAUGCUAGAGGAAUGGAUUAUUGAAGUUCAGAAAUCUUCUUCAGAUGGUGUUGAGAUACAUUUGUUCAAGAAUAUUAUAUGCUGUAUAGCCAUCAUCAGAGCUUUAUACUUGAAACAUCAUGUCACCCAAAACUAUAAGCUGUUUUCAACUCUUUGUAAUGGACUGAAUAUGUGCAGAUUAGGAAAAGAAGCUCAGAUACGUUUUUAUCAUGAAAUAAAAAAGGAGUUUCAAGUUUUAUGUGAAGGAAGUCAUCCUCUUCAUGAACUUUGCAAAAGUUUACAAUACUUUCUUGGCAGUGGUCAAAUGCUGUCUAGUUGUUCUUCUAUCUUGAUUCUUCCGUUAUACUGGCUUAUUGCUGAAACAGGACAUUUCAAAGGCCGACUAAUGUUCAGAACACCCGAUUUACUCUCAUAUAGAGCUAUGCUGCCAUAUUUGGAACAAACCUCCUGGGAAAAAUAUAAAAAUAUUUUUUCAGAUUCAAAAAAGCAAAGAAAAUUGAAGGAACUCAAUCAGACUAUCCAAGCUAUGUCACAAGUUCACCCAUGGAUUGUUGACACUUUUCAAUAUUUUUUGACCUCACCGUCACUUAUUGAUCUGUUGAUGGAUAACGUUUCUUGGAGCAACAAAUUUCAACUCGAUUCUAUAUUUCAUCACAUUUUGCCUUUGCUUAAUCCCAUCUCAUAUUCAAAGAAAAUUUCAGUAAGUGAUAUAAAAUUGGAAACACAAUUUGACUAAUACUGUUACUACGACUCGGACUACAGAAAGAAUUUCUCAAAUAACUAGUUUUCACAGUCUACUUUAAUGGCAGGAAAGUCAUUUACUGGCAGCUGAAUU